AUGACUUCUAGUGACAUAAUCUUGGGGGUCCUUUUUCUGUUUCAGACUGCAUUUGGGGCCCUGGGGAAUUCCUUCCUCCUGGGCCUUUAUUCCAUCACCUUCUUCAUUGAUCCCAGGCUGAGAAUUAUCCACUUCCUUCUCUCCAAUUUGACCUUAGCCAAUGACUUGGUGCUUCUAUCCAAAGGGAUCCCUCAGAUAAUGGCUGCUUUUGGGUUCAACAAUUUCCUGGAUGAUAUAGGAUGUAAACUUGUGUUUUACCUUCACCGAGUGGCCCGUGGCCUUUCUCUCUGCACCACCUGCCUCCUGAGUACCUUUCAAGCCAUCACUCUAAGUUCUAGAAGCUCUAGAUGGGCAGACCUCAAAGCUAGAGGCCUAAAGUCGAUUGUCUCAAUCUGUUUCUGGUGCUGGACUUUAAAUCUGGUGGCACAUUACCUUACUCUUUUAUAUAUCAAAAGCCCAAAUAGAACCAAAAACAUUACUGAAAGAAAUGAUUUCAUUUAUUGUUCUCUUAAAACUGAUGUUCCACUUAAUGCUACACUAUACAUAUUCACAAUAUCCUUUCCUGAUGUUUUUUGUGUAGCAAUCCUGAUUGGGACCAGUGGGUAUAUGGUCUUUGUCUUGUGUAGACACCACCAGAGAGUGAAGUAUAUUCAUCACAAUACCAUCACACCUACCAGCUCCCCUGAGACCAAAGCCACCCAAACUAUUCUACUGUUGGUCAGUAUGUUUGUAUCUUUUUACUCACUAAAUGCUAUUUUAACAUUGUACAUAUAUCUGGGGAAGGUGACUUUCUGGCUGGUUCACACCUCUGCCUUCUUAGCUGCCUGCUUUCCAGCUUGUAGCCCCUUUGUUCUCAUUGUCAGUGACUCUGAAAUCCUUAAGUACUCCUUGGCUUUUUGGAAAAGGAUAAAGCUUCUUGUAAAAUAA